AAAUAGAAUUUCGAGAAAAAGCAAAAAAAAAAAAAUAAAUAUAAAAUAGAAUAUUAAAAGAAAAUAUCAAAUAAAGGAAAAUCGUUCUAUAUUCGUGUUAAUCGUUACCUCUUGUGUUCCUUUUUUAAAACAUAAAAGAAAAAAAUAAUAUAAAACAAAUUGUUUGCCUUUUUUUAUUAUUAUUAUUAUUACAAUUUAAUCUAUAGUUCAACGAUUCUUUAUAUUAUAAUAAUAAUAUUCAUAAAUACAAAUAAACAUACAUACAUAAUAUCAUCAGAUACAUUGUAAUAGAAGGAUGGAAAGAAAUAUUUUUAAAGAAGAAGGUCUUCUAUCUGAUGUAUUCAUUGAUAACGGAAGCCCAGAUUCAUAUCUACUACCACAAGAUGUUGAUUCUAUUUUAGGAAAUUUAACAAAUUCAAGUAUAUAUAUCAGUGAUAUAAAUGGUAGCAAUAAUGAUAGUCUAUUACAACUAUAUGAAAAUCAAUCGAUAUUUGGUAAUGAGACAAUUGAAUCAACCGAAGAUAUCGCUGAACUUAUACAAAUAGCAGUUACAUCAAUUGUUUUAGGAUUAAUGAUAUUAAUAACUGUUAUAGGCAAUGUAUUUGUAAUUGCUGCUAUUAUUUUAGAAAGAAAUUUACAAAAUGUUGCAAAUUAUUUAGUGGCAUCAUUAGCAGUUGCAGAUUUAUUUGUAGCAUGUUUAGUGAUGCCUUUAGGAGCUGUAUAUGAGAUCAGUAAAGGAUGGAUCCUGGGACCAGAAUUGUGUGAUAUUUGGACAUCAUGUGACGUUCUUUGUUGUACAGCAUCAAUAUUACAUUUAGUAGCAAUAGCAACCGAUAGAUACUGGGCUGUAACAAAUGUUGAUUAUAUGCAUCAAAGGACUAGUAAACGAGUUUUUACAAUGAUUUUUUUUGUUUGGUUUUUUGCUGUUAUCGUUUCAUUAGCACCUCAAUUUGGUUGGAAAGAUCCUGAAUAUCUUGAAAGGAUAGAACAACAAAAAUGUAUGGUUUCACAAGAUGUUGCUUAUCAGGUUUUUGCCACUUGUUGUACAUUUUAUGUUCCAUUGUUGGUUAUUUUAGUAUUAUAUUGGAAAAUAUAUCAAACAGCUAGAAAAAGGAUACAUAGGAGAAGGCCUCGUCCAAUCGAUAUUACAGCGAAUAAUAAUCAGCCUGUACCACAAAAGAAGAAAACACGUUUAAAAAUUCGCAUAGCAUCAAAAUUUACUAAUCAAGGCAAGUCAGCUGCUUCCUCACUAGGUUUAGUUGAAGGUAAUUCAACAAAUACCGUUAAUACCGUUGAAGAUACAGAAUUUAGUAGUAAUGUUGAUAGCAAGAAAGGUGUCGAGGUCACAACUACUUUUAAUAAUCCAACAAAUAAUGAUGAGAUACCAGUUUCAUCAACUAGUCAAAUAACAACUGUUUCACAUAUAGUAGAAAAUAAAUCAAAUACCGAUAGUAUUAGUAAUGAAAAUCAAAAUAUACAUGAAAAUCAAAUAAAUCCUUCUAAUAUAAUGACCAAUAAAAUUAGUACAACAACAGCAACAACAACAACAACAUCAUCAAUAACAACAUCAAUAACAAUACCUACAAUAACAACUACAACAACAUCAACAUCAUCAUCAACAACAACAACAACAACAACAACAAAUAAUAAUAAUUUAUCAAAUGGUUCUGAUAAUAAUCAAAUGAUAUCAACAAUAGCAACAACAAAUAAUGAUAAUAAUAUUAUAAUACCACCAACAUCACAAUCAACUGUAACAACAUUAACAAUAACAUUACCGCAACAUCAAACACCAGCACAACAAUCACAACAACAAGUACAGCAGCAGCAACAACAACAACAGCAACAUAAUCAAAUAACAACACCAUUACCACAUAAUAAACAAAAUCAUAAAUUAACAGCAACUGAACAAAUAAGUAAACGUAAAGAAACAUUAGAGGCAAAACGUGAACGUAAAGCAGCUAAAACAUUAGCAAUAAUAACUGGUGCAUUUGUUGUUUGUUGGUUACCAUUUUUUUUAAUGGCAUUAUUAUUACCAUUAUUUGAUUUUCAUAUCAAUGAUGCAAUUGCAUCAUUCUUUUUAUGGUUAGGUUAUUUUAAUUCAACAUUAAAUCCAGUUAUUUAUACAAUAUUUAGUCCAGAAUUUCGUUCAGCAUUUAAACGAAUAUUAUUUGGUGGUCAUCGUCCUCAACAUUAUCGUAGUGGUAAAAUGUAAUAAAAUUUUAUUUUUUUUUUUUUUUGUUUUUAUCUAAUAAAUAUACAUAUAUAGUUUAUUAUGUAUAACAGUAUAACAGUAUGUAUAACAGUU